UGCUGCGGCGCGCGUGUGCGGGCUGCUGGUGGUAACGGUUUCUUUCCAGUCUCUCUCCCCGUCUGUGGGCUGAGGCUCGCUCGCUCGCGGCCAUGGCGUAUCGCGGGCAGGGCCAGAAGGUGCAGAAGGUGAUGGUGCAGCCCAUCAACCUCAUCUUCAGGUACCUGCAGAAUAGGUCCAGGAUUCAGGUGUGGCUCUAUGAACAGGUGAACAUGCGGAUAGAAGGCUGUAUCAUUGGUUUUGAUGAAUCCAUGAACCUGGUUCUGGAUGAUGCAGAGGAGAUACACUCAAAAACAAAAGCAAGGAAACAGCUGGGUCGGAUCAUGUUAAAGGGGGACAAUAUUACUCUUCUACAAAGUGUUUCUAACUAGAACUUGUCAUUCAGAGGGUGGAAUGCACUAAAGAGUGUUCCAAACUAGAAUUUUCAGUUAAUGUGUGGGGUGGACUAAAUGUUAUUAUAAACAAGAGUCACUGUGCUGGGAAAGUGGAUGGCGUUUUGAAAAUAAAAACUCCAAAUGAGCCUGAUUUGAAAAGAGUAAAAACUUA